GGGAAGCAAAAAAAAGGGAAGCAAAAAAAAGGGAAACAAUAAAAAGGGAAACAAUAAAAAGGGAAACAAUAAAAAGGGAAAUAUAAAGAAGGGGAUAACGAAAAGGAAAACUUUUUUUUAAGAGUGGAACUCCUGCGGAAGAGGCCCAGAGUCAGUCACCCUCAGCAAAGAAGCACAUCACCAAGGGACGGCGGCCCAACUGCAGCGGCAACCCGAUUGGGCAGCUCAGCGGAGAGAAACCUGUUCGCCUGAAGAAGAACGCACGAGCGAGCACCCCAUCAGCGGUGUUUCCAGAUUGACCAGCCCCUCCCUCCCCGAAGACGAACCGAAGGCAGCAUGUCGAAGGCCGUUUACGCGAAGAUCUGGAUGAGCACGAGGUUCUUUAACCUCCGAAGGAGAUACGGCUGCAUCCAAGUUUGCGGACGCCUGAGCCCCUGGCUGUGUGUCUGGUCCUUCUACUGCGUCUCGCUCGUCUUCCCAGCCCUAAGCAACGAAAACAAGAAGAUGUUAACCUUCGGGCUUUGGAAGGAGAAUGACGUCGGCUACAACAAGUGCGCGCCCCCCCCGUACGAGUGAGGUGGGGCGGUAAAGAGAUGAAGCGGCAAAGAGGUAUAGGGAAGAGGAUGGAGAGAAGAGCGGUGCUCAGAAGAGUGACUGUGCGUUCUGGGGAGGAAGACGAAACGGAAAGGUCUGCCACUCCUGGUGGAGGCUUCCCCCCUGUUCGUUUGUCAUCGUAACCAAAGGGGAGUAUAGCCGUUGUGUAUUCCCACCCAAUGGGGAGGUGCAUUCCCCCACGUGUGUGUGCACCGGCAUGACUCCCCCGCCGCGGCACUCGUUUUAUAUUAACACACGGUGACCCGAGUGCAAUGCAUUCUCCUUUUCACCCCAACGAAAUGCCUUCUCCUUUUUUUUGUGUACUUGUGUUAAUCGCGUUGGGAUACGCAGUCUAGUGAGAGCCCCUCCUCAACAUGUUGCAUUGACCAACCCAAUUAACACAAACUGGGGAAGCAGACUAAGC